CCCAAUCAAGCCAUCGAGGGGCCCACCAAAUCCACGUCGGCUCUCCGCUUCCCAACGCCCCUCCUGCAUCGCAACUUCACCUCCUUUUCUAUUUCCCCCCGGUUUCCUCCAAAGCGCCCCAAAAACCCACCCUCCAAAACCCUCUUCGUUGGGGCAAAUCGUCGAACACUUGUGGCGCUAUCUCUCGCUCCCAACCGUGCGGACACCUGAGACGUAGCAAUGGAGGAGCUUGGUGGCCGCCUCAUCGGCGACUACAUGCUUGGCCCGAAGAUCGGGUCUGGCUCCUUUGCCGUCGUCUGGCAUGGCCGCCACCGACACUCCGGGAUGGAGGUCGCCGUGAAGGAGAUCGAUAAGAAGCAGCUCAGCCCUAAGGUUCAUGAUAGCCUUCUUAAGGAGAUCGACAUCCUUCGCCAUGUCUCUCAUCCUAACAUCGUUCGCUUCCAUCACGCCGUUCAGACUGAUGAGAGGAUUUUUCUUGUGCUGGAGUACUGCGAUGGGGGCGAUCUUGCUGCGUAUAUUCAGCGUCAUGGCCGGGUUUCGGAGGCCUUGGCCAGGCAUUUCAUGAGGCAGCUCGCUUCAGGAUUGCAGGUUUUGCGGGAGAACAAUCUCAUCCACAGGGAUUUGAAACCACAGAAUCUUCUCUUGUCAACUAAUGGUGAUGCCCCUGUUUUGAAGAUUGGGGAUUUUGGAUUUGCAAGGUACCUGAUGCCGCAAGGAUUGGCAGACACAUUAUGUGGCUCUCCAUUAUACAUGGCUCCAGAGAUCAUACAGAACAAAAAGUAUGAUGCCAAGGCUGACUUAUGGAGUGUUGGAGCAAUUCUUUACCAACUGGUGACUGGGAAACCACCUUUUGAUGGCGCAAGUCAAUUUCAGCUUUUCCAAAACAUAUUGGCUUCUAGUGAGCUAAAAUUUCCACAAGAGGUUUUGGCAGAUUUGCAUCCUGAUAUUGUUGACCUCUGUAAAAGACUUUUACGUCAGGAACCAGUGGAAAGACUAACUUUUGAGGAAUUCUUCAAUCACAAGUUCCUUGCUGUCGAAAGGCCAAGUGAAUGUGUUGAAUCUGUACAAGGCACUGCAAAUGAUAAGGUAGGAAUGACACCUGAUUGUGCUCCAUCAAGUUCAUCAAAUGCUCGGAGUGUGCAGGCUGAAAGCAUGGACCAUAAGCUUUUUGGCUUAGUCACAUCAAAAGUUACAGACUCAUUGGAAGGCAUUGAACAAGAAUAUGUACUUGUUCACCGUCAUCUAGCUUCUUUGGAGACCUUAGCCUCUUCAAUUGAGGAGACAUCAUGGAAGGACAGUAGUGGAGCCAAACUUCCUAGCAAGGGCACUUCUGUUCAGUUGCAAAAGGAUGAAACAUACAUUACCUCAUUAUGUCAAUCUGAAAGUGGACAAGACAAUCUGCCUUCUCAUUCAUCAGUAUUACAACAAUCCUUUGCAGCGGAAAAACCACAAGGAGCACCAUCAUUGCAUCCUUCUACUAAGCUUCAGUUUUUAUAUCACUAUAUUCGUGCUAUAACAGACGUAGUGCAAGAAAAGCUUACUGAAGGAUUGCAUUUGGAAUCAUUUUCAAUUGAACUUGUUGCUUUAGCUGUGUGGAGAGAAGCUCUUAGAAUGUGCACUUGCUGGAUGUCGUCAGCCAAGGGAAAAGCCCUCGAUACCUGUUUGCUUAGCAUUGCACCUCAAACAAAUGAUAGUUCAUUUCCAUAUACUGUUCAAGAGGUUGAUUUCUGGAAUCCAUCCUCUGUGUGCUCCUGGGUGGAACAUGGAUUUAUUAAUGCCUAUGAGCUUGCAGAAAAGAUAGCUGACAAUUUUCAAAAUAUUGAUGGUGAUAUCAUGAUGCCAGAUGCUAUGGAAAUUUUAUUUCAAGCAGCUUUGUGUGCUGGGAAGAGUGGUGCUGCUGAUGAACUUAUGGGCAACAAGAGCAGAGCAAUGUCAUCAUACUCAAGAGCAACCACACUGUUUACAUUCAUUCUGUUGGAAGCCAUGUCCCUGCCUUUGAACCCUCCAUUUGUUCUCUCAUCUUCGGACAAGCAGCGCAUACAAAGGUACAUAAUGAACUUAAGAGCUCAUAUGAAUCGAUCUCUAAUGGGCGAACCAGUUACUGAUCAAACCAAGGACUCUACUUCCAAGUAAAUAUACCUUACAUUAUAUAACUGACUGACAAAUUCACGUUCCAUGGUCCUGUGACAUUUUUCUUCUUUGGAAACCAUGCGAAAAUAUUAAUAUCGAGUUCGAGGACAUGCCGCUUUUCCAAGAAAUAUGGCUAUGAGUUCGCUGACAUGUUUUGUCUGGGUACAUGAAUUUUUAGUCAGAUAAAUAUCUCUAGUGGAGAAUGUAAAUAAUGUCUGGCAAAAUCCACAACAUGUCUGUAAGCCUGUGAGUAAUAGAAAACAGAUAUAAUCUGUACAGAUGACUGAUAAAAGCAAGCUUGCUUCUAUAAAUUAAUUUACAUCUUUGAAGAAAUCUAUUUUGUGUUUGCAGUAA